GGUCACGGUGGAUAUCCGAAAGUCGACUAGCUAAAUGGCCAGUGAUCAGGUGAGCCUGUAACCCGGAUGAUGGUGUCAGACUCCGGCGUCGUCGGUGGAGCUUGCUAGCGCCAGAGGUUUUAAAAAACCCCAAACAUGAGGGCGACCCGGAGCAAACAGAGCCUCCUGCGUGUCUGCGUCCUGACCUCUUUUAUUUACCUGCUCUGUUCCACCUGCGCCGGGCACGGAGUCAUGACCGGAAACAAGAUGGCGUCUCAACACCGCACGUUGAAGCGCGGCCGCCGGAGUUACCAGAAGCAGCAGCAGCAGCAGCAGCAGCACCACCGGCCGCUGACGGAGGAGCAGGAAGCGGACCAGAACCUGCAGUUCAUGUUGAGUUUGUACCGGAGCGCAGCCGAACCGGACGGCAGGCCGAGACAGCACCGGAAGUUCGGCUCGAACACUGUUCGUCUGCUGAGGCCGACGACGUCUUCGGCGCGACACCUGCCGACGUCGAGAGACCAUCACUACAGCUUCACCGUGCAGUACGACCUCGACACGCUUCCCUCAGAGCAGCUGGUCAGAGCAUCAUUCAUCCACCUCCGCUCUUCAUCUUCUACCUCCUCAUCCUCCACGACCUCCAGCGCCCAGGCCUUCACCGCGCCCCGCUGCAGGGCUCAGAUCACCUCGCUGGGCGAAGAGAGCCUGGUCACUCUGGAGCCCCACGAGCAGUGGACGGAGACGGAUAUCACCGCGCACGUCCAGCAGGGGAGAAGCCGCGGCGCGGGGGGGCACCUGACCCUCACUGCCCAGUACUGGUGCACCGAUCCUGGGCAUGCUGACGAGGACAGCGGCCUCUCCAGGUGGUGGACUCAGGGGGGGAAAGGAUGGAGAGGUGAGCCUCACAUCGAGGUCCCGUCUCUGCUUUUAUACCUGGAGGAGGAGCGGGAGGGGAAGGACUGGAUGGAGGACUUGCUCGGGGCCGAGGGGGAAAACGUCAUGAGGCAGAUGCGUCCGUGGAAUCCUCCUCUUCGACGGCGCCGGAGCUCCAGAAACUCGUCAGAGCCGAAGGAUCCGUCGCUCGACGCUCUGAAAAACGCCCCGUCCUCCUCCUCUUCCUCUCUCUCUUUCUCCACCUCGCCCUCCGCCUCCAUCCUCGCCGAAAUCCCCACCUACAAACGCAAAACCGGCACGCCCAAGAACCGCUGCAAGCUGCACUCGUUCCGCCUCUCCUUCGACGAGCUCGGCUGGGGCCGCUACUUCAUCGCGCCGCCGGUGUACAACCCGCGCUUCUGCAAGGGGAACUGCCCCCGGGUGCUCCACUACGGCUACCACUCGCCGCACCACGCCAUCAUCCAGACGGUCAUCAACGACCUGGGCGUCGGGGACGUCCCGCCCCCUUCCUGCGUGCCGUACAAGUACAUGCCCAUGAGCGUGCUGGUGGUGGACAAGAAGAAGGUGGAGUACAAGGAGCUGGAGGACAUGGUGGCCGAGUCAUGCACGUGUCGCUGAAGACAUGCUAAGCACUUUGGAUUUAGACUGGGGGGCGGGGGGGGCGGAUUUGAAGGGUUUUUGAUCUGCGGCUUGGCGGUUAACCACGAUGAGCUGCAGACUGGAAGGAGGAAAGCUUUUCUCUGUUGAAGCACUUUAAAACGAGGCCUGUUAGGAACUACGAGUUGUGCAGAUGGAAAUGUCUAUUUACUGCUAAAAAAAAAAAAAAAAAAAAAUGUUGGAGUGAUUGUUGGUUAAAGCACUGUUCAGACUGUUCAAUGUUCCAGUUUGUAAAUCAGAAGUAUUUCAGCUGCUUGAAGGGGGGGGG